GCUAAGAGGAGAUCGAAUCGUUUUUUGAGUCGGAUCUUUCUAAUGAAUCGAUGCACAAAACAGGUCAAUGCACGAAUCGGACUGAACAAAUUUUUUACGAAGCGAACUGAAUUUUCAGCAUACUGAAAACGAGUUUUACCAACACACAUAUGAAACAAUUUUUUUCAUAAAAAAGUUUAACAAAGUCUUUUGAUGCUUUUUUGUAAAUUACAUUUAGAUUCUAAAUGAUGUUUUAUGAGCGAACUCAUUGCUGCAAACUAAAACAAUAACACUGUAAACAACUGUAUGUGCACAUGACUUUACCUUAACGUUUUAAAGCACGCAAAUAUUUCACGCAGUGAUGUCAGUUCCCAGAACUAGUUCAUCAAAACCAACUGAAAGAACUGUUUCACCAAAUGCCUCGGACUACCCAUCAGUACAUACUGCUGCUUGGUUGGUUUAAUUGUAUUUUGUGUCCAUCUCACUUGCGCCGCACAGUGGUUGAACUGCAGUAGUGCAACGCUCUGCAUAGGAGCUGUCCAGUGUCUCGGUGCUGAAACUUGUCCAGUCGGCUUUUGGCUAAGAGGGGUGAUAAAAUUAUAGAAUAGGGCUUCACAACCCAGCAACGCGUCAUUCAGAUGCGUCAGUAUAUGGACAAAGGGCUGCAGAUAAACAGAGGAAGGGACGUGGUGACAACGACGGGGGAAAAAGAGACUGAUUAAGACGUGGAGAAGUUGCUCAUUAUGCCCUGGUCUCUGGACUCGGUGCUGCUUCCCCCAUGUGCGUUGCUGGGUGGUCCUCCCCUCAGCGGGCUGCUCUGGACCUUUCUCCUCCUCUUCCUCUGGUACUGCUACCGAGUGGGUUCUGACCCACCAUCCCAUUCUGGCAUGCUGAAAAGUGGCUCCGGCCGAUCAUCAUUCUCUCGGUCAUCCAGCUGUUCACCGGUUGACCCCAGACACUCAGUGCCUAAAGCAUCUGCGGCUAUUACCAUGGAGAUGGUGGAGGAAGAGGAGGGCACAGAGAGCUACCUGACACCAGUGUUGAGCCACGCCCCUUUCCCCACCGAGGCUGCAGCGGAAAGCAAGAAGCUGUAUAGAGCACUACAAGAGUAUGCCAAGCGCUACAGUUGGGCUGGCAUGGGGCGAAUUCACAAGGGCCUGCGCAAUCAGGCCAGGAUCAAUGAUCGGCCAUCCAUUCAGAAGCCUCAUCUCUUCUACCUCCCAGAUGUUCCCAGCAUACCUUUCUUUCCCAGGGAUGCUCAUCGUCAUGACAUUGAGGUUUUGGAGGCCAGUUAUCCCAUAAUCCUUGCUGAGUUCCAAGCAAUGUACCAGAGGGGGAUUGAUACAAAGCUAGGGUGGAGCUACCAAGGACCAAAGGGCCAGACUGUGUUCCCGCUCUAUAACGCUGGAGUGUGUGUGGCCAGAAACUGCCGUGCAUGUCCGUGUACGUACCGAACUCUCCUCUCUCUCAGAACCUUCAUCAGCAGUAACUCUCUGGGAUCUGCUGGCUUCUGUCUCCUGGGUCCUGGGGCCACACUGGGAGGGGCCUAUGGCCCUACAAACACACGUCUGCGCUGCCAUCUGGGUCUUCAAACUCCUGCUCAGUGUGAGCUGGUGGUGGGUGGGGAGCCUCAGUGUUGGUCAGAGGGACACUGCCUCCUUGUGGAUGACUCCUUCCUGCAUACCAUCUCGCACAAUGGGGGAGCUGAAGAUGGUCCCAGAGUUAUCUUCAGUGUGGACCUGUGGCAUCCCAACGUGGCUGCAGCAGAGAGACAGGCUCUAGACUACAUCUUUGCCCCUGAACAGUAAUUCCAGCUGCAUUUCCCAGGACGCACUAGUCAAACCCACUUCAUGUGGGUUCAAUGCAGAAAAUGUUGUUUUAAAGUUUGCAAAACAUCUUUUGGUUUAGUUAAAGUUCAUAGUGAGGAUAUUUAUCAUUUAACUACUAGAUACUUUCAUGUCUGACUCUGUUCAGCCGAGACCUUUGAAAUGUUUCAGACAAAUGUCUUCAGUCAGAACUGCAGUUUAUCAUACAGAUCAGACGACAGAUCAUACUGUGACGACACGCGAACAAUUUUCGAAGUUCAUAUCUAUGUUUGACUUGUGCCUGUCUUGAGAAUCCCGCGCUCCUGUUCUAUGGUUUCUGUGCCUGAUUUCUCCUCCUUACCUCUCUGAUGUAUACUGUGAUAAAUGGUUCACCGUAAAUACUGUACAUGUGACUCACGGUUAUGCUGUAUAUUUUGUUUUAUUUCAUCAGAUGGCAAUUUAUUUUCAGACCUGUGAAGCACACACCGAAGACAAAAUACUGUAUAUGAACAGAUUACUUGCAUGCGUUCUGAUUUUCGAUAUUGUUGCCAACAAUGCACUUGAUGACUGUCCUGCAAAUCAAGUAUGUAUU